AUGCCGUCUGCGGACGUCGACGCCAUCACCAACGGCGUCUCCGAGUUCGACGUCCACGAUGAUGAGAUCGACUUCACCGACAUCGAGCAAAAGUACUCGGUCAAGUUCGACGAGGGCCUCGACGAUGUCAUUGUAGUCGACGGCGUCCCCGUCAUCACCGAGGCGAGGCAGCAGAAGCUGUUCGAGACCAUCCAGAAGCGCUUCAAGAGCCACGCCGGCAUCGACAUCGAGCUCGAGGGCAUGCACAUCCCCUACGGCGACAAUGGUGACUCGAAAGGCUACAUGUUCAUCGAGAUGGCGUCUCCCGAGGACGCGGCCCAGGCGAUCCGACUGAUGGACGGCUACGCCUUUGACAAGAAGCACCGCUUCGCCGUCAACCGCUUCACCGACAUCGAGAAGCUGGCCAACCUGUCCGAGGAGUACGUCGAGCCCGAGGAAGAGGAGUACCAGCCCAAGGAGCACCUCCGCUCCUGGCUCGCCGACCACGCCGGCCGCGACCAGCUCGUCAUCUGCCGCGGCGACGACGUCGAGAUCGCAUGGCACAACAAGUCGUCGGACCCGCAGGUGGCCCACAGCCGGCAGAGAUGGACCGAGACCUACGUCCAAUGGUCGCCCCUCGGCACCUUCCUCAUCACCUUCCACCGCCAGGGCAUCGCGCUCUGGGGCGGCCCAUCGCUGGAGCGCUUCAUGCGCUUCCCGCACCCGGGUGUCCGGCUGGUCGACUUCUCGCCCAACGAAAAGUACCUCGUCACCUGGUCCCACGAGCCCAUCCAGGUGCCCGAGAACGCUCCCGUCGGGCCGCAGCACUUUGGACCCGAGGACGAGGGCAACCGCAUCGCCGUUUGGGAGGUCCGCACCGGCCACCUCCUCCGCACCUUCCCCGUGCAGCAGGACGAGCAGCCGGGCCAGCUCAAGGGCUUCACCUGGCCCUACCUCAAGUGGUCUGGCGACGACAAGUACUGCGCCCGCCUCACCCCGGGGCAGGCCAUCAGCGUCUACGAGACGCCGUCGAUGGGCCUGCUCGACAAGAAGUCGAUCAAGGUCGAGGGCGUCGUCGACUUCGAGUGGUGCCCCCUCUCGGACAAGGACAAGGACGCAAUCGCCGCGUACGAGGAGAGCCAGGCGCAGGGCUCGUCGGGCGGCGCGGCCAAGGGUGGCGCCAAGAAGCCCAAGGACAACAUGCUCGUCUUCUGGCAGCCCGAGGUGCAGAACCAGCCGGCGCGCGUGACGGUCAUGAGCGUGCCGACGCGGGAGAUUCUGCGAUCCAAGAAUCUCUUCAACGUCUCGGACUGCAAGCUCCACUGGCACCCGCAGGGCGACUUCCUCUGCGUCAAGGUCGACCGCCACACCAAGACAAAGAAGUCGAUGUUCUGCAACCUCGAGAUCUUCCGCAUGCGCGAGAAGGACUUCCCGGUCGAGGUCAUCGAGCUCAAGGACCCCGUCACCGCGUUUGCCUGGGAGCCGCAAGGCACCCACUUUGCCGUCAUCUCGUCCAACGACCCGCAGCUCGGCGCCCCCGCGCCCGGCAUCACGAUCAAGACGCAGCUCAACUUCUUCCACCUGCACCCCAAGGGCGACUUCCGCCUGCUCAAGCUGCUCGACAACAAGACGUGCAACACCCUCUUCUGGUCGCCGCGCGGCCGCCACAUUGUCGUCGCCACCAUGGGCUCGAGCCAGAAGUUCGACCUCGAGUUCUACGACGUCGACUUCUCCCACGAGAUCCGCCAGGGCUCCGUCUCGCAGGACCCCGCCGAGGAUGUCAAGCUGAUCGGCUCCGGCGAGCACUACGGCAUCACCGAUCUCGAGUGGGAUCCCUCUGGCCGUUUCGUCGCCACCUCGGCUUCGGUCUGGCGCCACUCGCUCGAGAACGGCUACGCAAUCUUCGACUUCAAGGGCCAGGAGCUGCAGAAGCACGUCCAGGACCGCUUCAAGCAGAUCCUCUGGCGCCCGCGCCCCCGCUCGCUGCUCAGCAAGGACGACCAGAAGCGCGUCAGGAAGAACCUGCGCGAGAUCGGCCGCACCUUUGAGGAGGAGGACGCCGCCGAGGAGAGCAACCUCGCCCUCGCCCACCGCGAGCUCUACGAGCGCGCGCUCGACGAGUGGAAGGCGUGGCGCUCGCGCGCCCGCAAGGAGCUCGCCGAGCUCCGCCGCGAGCUCGGACGCGACGAGGGACAGGGCGAGAUCGAGCUCGCCAAGAAGCUCGAAGAGGCCGCGACGGAGGAGGUCGAGGAGUGGGUCGAGGAGGUCAUGGAGGAGAGGGAGGAGGUCAUCGGUGCGUAG